AUGUCGAAAAAACCAACGAAUAAUAAUUCUGAUGUAAUUUCAACAUUUGAUGCAACACAACAACUGAGUGCAGACUUGAAAAAACUUUUGUCAAAUGAACAAUUAUCUGAUGUUACAAUUCAAGUGGGUCAAAAAUCAUUUCCUGCAAUCAAAGGAAUUCUUGCAGUACGCAGUCCAGUUUUUUCUGCAUUGUUUAAUCACGAACAAUUAAAAGAAAAUAAAAAAAACGAAGUUGUCAUUGAAGAUAUUGAUGAAGAUGUUUUUGAAGAAUUUCUACAUUUCAUGUAUACUGGUGAAUCGCCAAAUGUUAACAAAAUGCCAAUUGAACUACUUGCUGUUGCUGAAAAAUAUCAGGUUGAUUGUCUUAAAAAUGUUUGUGAAAAAAUAAUAAGCGGAACGAUUGCAGAAACAUCAUAA